AUGGUGGCUGGGUGUUUCCGAAACGCAUUGGCACUGGUAGGACUAGUAGUAGUGCUGGUGGCUCUCAAUCUCUCAGUGAGAGCCACGUCAGCAUUCAGCUUCUCAAGCUCCGAGCAAGGGGGGGUGAUGUGGUCAUUCGACUGCGACUGGAAGGGCAACGACAUUGACCGAGCCGCCGGCAUGGGCGACACGUGCGGAAAGCAGUGCCUCGACCGCGCGGAUUGCACGCAUUGGACGUGGACGGCCGAAAAUGGCGGCUCGUGCUGGCUCAAAGGGGCAAUCAACGCGACAGAAUUGGUCGCCGCCAAAGGCACGUCGUGCGGUUACCGCGUUACCGACAGCGCGACCGGCAACCCGUACACGGGAGUCCAGCAGUACCUCAACCCCGAGUACAAGGCGAGCGUGGAAGCCGCGAUGCGCGCCGCGACUCGCGAGGAUGCGCCGUUUUUUGCGAGCGUGGCGGACCAUCCGACGGCCGUGUGGCUCGACACGAUGGCGAAGCUCGACACCAUCCAAGGCCACCUGGACGCCGCAGCGGCUCAGGCGGGGGGAAAUCCGAUCCUCGUGCAAUUCGUGAUCUACGACCUCCCGGGCCGCGAUUGCAAGGCGUGGUCGUCCAAUGGGGAGAUUCCCAAGGGCGGCCUCGACACGUACAAGGCCAACUACAUUGAUGUUGCUGUGGCGCGCCUUAUAAACAAGGCGGCGAACGUGCGUCUGUCGCUCGUGAUCGAGCCCGACUCGCUGCCCAACAUCGCGACCAACAUGGGCACGAAUCGGUGCGACGCGGCGACGGAGCAGGAAUACAUGGAGGGCGUCGCGUAUGCCAUCGCGGAGCUCUCGCAGAUCCCCGACACCACGCUCUAUCUCGACUCCGGCUUCGGCGGCUGGCUCGCUGGACCCCUGCUUCCGUCGCUUCGCUUCGCACUCUUCCCCUCACCCUUCCCCGCAACCCUAAUCCGCUCCCCGUCUAAUGCGAGAGCAGGGUGGCCGGAAGUGAUGAAGCGCGACAUGGCGGUGUACAUGAAAGUCCUCGCGCGCGCGCGGCAGAUCCGGGAGAGCGCCAAGAUCCGCGGCUUCGCGUCCAACGUGGCCAACUACAGCCCGCUCUUCGCGUCCGACGACGGCUGCCCGGCGUCGGAGAAAUGCCCGCUCGCACAGAACCCGAGCACGGGCGAAAUGUGCUACGACUGGAACCCGUGCAUCGACGAGAACCGCUUCACCGCGCGCCUCAAUGCGUUCCUGGGGGCCGCGGGACUGCCCACCAGGUGGAUUGUGGACACCAGCCGGUCCGGCGUCGCUGGCAUUCGAACGCGCUGGGGGUCGUGGUGCAACGUGAAGAACGCGGGGGUCGGAGAACGCCCCGAGGCAGAUCCCGCUAAUGCUCCGCAAGUUGACGCUGUGGUCUGGAUCAAGCCGCCUGGGGAGAGCGAUGGUCACGCAAAGGAGAUUUCGGAGCCGAUUCCCGUGGAUCGCGAAUGCGACCCCCUGGACCCGCUUGGCCUGGACGCCCUAGCAGACGCGCCGCGAGCUGGCCAGUGGUUUCAGGAACAAUUCGCCAUGCUGGUUCGCAACGCCAACCCGCCCAUGGCCAGUGGAACGGUGGACCCGUGCAUGUUCGACCCGCAGACAAACCCUGCUUGCGAUCCGUUCUGGGAGAACUUGGCCGUCGAGUACUCGCCGCAGUACAAGUUCCACCCCGAUGAGACCAUCUGGCCAAUCACAAUCGACGAGUACCUCACACACGUGACUGCCUCCAAAGGCAUUUUUACCGAGGAGGAUGGUACAGAGUAUGAGGUUGAAUACCAGACGGGCCCGAUCACUCCCGACAACCUCGAUACAUUGCUGGAGAAUCCGAAUCUGAAGAGCGAGCAUGGGAGUACUGUCCUGUUCAGUUCGGAGGAGUUUCACCAGGAAACCCCCUGGGUGACGGACUCGGCGCGCAACCCGGAAAACGGAGGCACGAAGCUGUACACCGUCAUUUACAACCCGAAACCCGAUGACAAAGACUCGUUUGUGGAGAUUCAAUAUUGGCUCUUCUACCCAUACAACUAUGUCCACCCCCUUGCUGGGGAUGACAACCACGUUACGGAUCUGGUGGCGAUUGCAAUCCGCUUCUCAAAGACCGGCCAGCCGCAGCGCAUUUGGUACGCGCAGCACGACGACGGCCCCGUGUGGGCGUGGGACCAAGGGGCUGACUGGGACGACCCCAAGCCAUCGGAGUUUGCUACGGUGAUGGGAACACAUCCCAUUGUGUAUGUCUCGGAAGGAAAUCACGAGCAUUACCCUGGAGCUGGUGAGUAG